CCCUCGUUUUCUAGCCGUCUCGUCUCUAUUCUUCAGUGAAGCCUCCGCCUCUUUCACCCACUCUCCCCGGCAGCACCUCGUCGGGUUCGAUUCGAUCCCUCCUCCUCGGCCGGCGUCCUGCGGCAGGGGCCAGCGGAAUCAGCCCACCAAUGGCAGCUGCGCGGCGGCCGGCGGCGGGGGCGAAGCCCAGGGGCGGCGGCGGAGGCGCGGGGAGGAGGAGCGCGUGGCUGGCCGCGGACGGGAGCAAGCGCUGGGGGGAGGCCUUCUUCCUGCUCUACACGCCCUUCUGGCUCACGCUCUGCCUCGGCGUCGUCGUCCCCUUCAAGCUCUACGAGAGGUUCACGGAGCUGGAGUACCUGAUUCUUGGAUUGGUGUCCACCGUGCCGGCGUUCCUCAUCCCCCUCUUCCUCGUAGGGAAGGCAGAUAGCGUUAGAAGUUUGAAAGAUCGAUACUGGGUCAAGGCUAAUAUUUGGAUUAUAAUUUUUAGCUAUGUUGGUAACUACUUCUGGACACAUUACUUCUUCACAGUUCUGGGCGCUUCGUAUACUUUUCCAUCAUGGCGGAUGAAUAAUGUACCCCAUACGACGUUUCUCCUGACUCAUGCUUGUUUCCUGUUCUAUCAUAUGGCAUCAAAUAUGACACUUCGUAGAUUACGUCACUCCACAGCUCACUUGCCACAGUCUAUUCGGUGGUUAUUUGAAGCCGCAUGGAUUUUGGCGCUUUCAUACUUCAUAGCUUACUUGGAGACACUAGCCAUUGCAAAUUUCCCGUAUUAUGAAUUCAUUGAUCGGGAUAUAAUGUACAAAGUUGGUUCAUUGUUCUACGCAAUAUACUUCAUCGUCAGCUUCCCGAUGUUUUCAAGGAUUGAUGAGAAAGAUGAGAAGUGGAACCUGUCCAGGGUAGCUGUUGACUCUCUGGGUGCAGCGAUGCUCGUUACGAUAAUACUCGACCUGUGGCGCAUAUUUUUGGGCCCAAUAGUGCCCAUCCCCGAGUCGAGGCGGUGCGGUCAGCCGGGGCUCGCAUGGUUCCAAAGCAUCUGAUUCGGCGAGGCAGCUAUUAUCCUGUGUUUCCACGCCGUCUUCUAUAGCAUUCUUCAGGGCUGAUAAAAUCCUCCCCUCAGGCUGCACCGGAGAGGUGAUGAACUGAUGACAUGAUGUGAAGCGUAGAGCGGCUGUUGUUGCAUCGAAAACGAAACGUGAUUGUUGUCAUCUUGUAAUGUUAUGUAUCAUGUCGUUCGGCUGAAUUCUUUUUGGUCUUUGCUAGGAUGCAUCAGCAACAGGUUAAAUUUACUACUUACUACUAAUAAAGUGAAUUCUUUUUGGUCUUU